AUGGGUCUUGCGGGUAUGAAAGAGGGAAGGCCAGAGACCGACAUGGUCCCGACCUUCCUCGGUCUUCGCGGUAUCAGGCUCAACUGGGCUAUCGGUUUUGCUGCUUCGGCUGGUUUCCUCUUAUUCGGUUACGAUCAGGGUGUGCUCGGCUCGCUCUACACGCUUCCAUCGUGGCUGGCUCAGUUCCCCGAAAUCAACACCGGACCCGAUUCCAGUCCAACUUCAAACGCUUCCGUGCUUCAGGGUCUAGUGACGGGUGUCUACGAGCUGGGAUGCUUCGUUGGAGCCAUUUCCAUGCUCUACUUUGGUAACUUGCUCGGUCGUCGUGUCAACAUUUGGAUCGGCUCCAUCAUCAUGGCCGUUGGUGCCAUCGGCUGCACCGCCUCGUACAGUCUAGCUCAGCUUUUUGUCUUCCGUGUCAUUCUCGGCAUCGGAAACGGCAUGCACACGGCCACCAUCCCCGUCUGGCAGAGCGAAUGCUCACCGCCUCACAAACGAGGCAUGCUCAUCAUGGUCGAAGGUGCCAUGAUCACGGGCGGUAUCGCCAUGGCCUACUGGAUCGACUUUGGCUGCUUCUUCCUUGAGCCCAGCUCGGCCUCUUGGCGUGUGCCGCUUGCACUCCAGCUGGUGCUCAUCUUGCCCACUUUUGUCACCGCUUUCCUGCCCGAGUCGCCCCGUUGGCUCAUGCUCAGGGGCCGUGAAGAAGAGGCCCGCUGCGUCGUUGCCGCCCUCGACAACGUACCUGUCGACGACCCCAUGGUUGGCAAGAAGCUCCGUGAAAUUGCUGCCUCACUCGAGGCUGCCAAGACCACCCGUAUUCGCGACAUCUUUACCAACGGUCCCGAGCGCAACCUGCACCGAACCAUCCUCGGUUUCGUCUCACAGAUGUUCCAGCAGAUUUCUGGUAUCAACCUCAUCACGUACUACAUCGGCAAGACGCUCCAGGAGAACCUCGGUUUCUCGGACAUCAACUCGCGUAUCCUCGCUGCCGCCAACGGUACCGAGUACUUUAUUGCUUCCUGGGCUGCUGUCUUCUUCAUCGAGAAGAUGGGUCGUCGUCCGCUUAUGCUCGGCGGUGCCGCCGGCCAGUGCGUCUGCAUGAUUGUGCUUGCUAUCCUCGAUGUCCCUAGAAUCAAGAACUCGGGCAACGGUCCGCCCGUUGCAUCGGUCGUCUUCUACUUCCUCUUUAACACGUCAUUCGCCUGGGGUUGGCUCGGCAUGACCUGGCUGUACCCGGCUGAGAUCACCCCGCUCGCCAUCCGAGCCCAGGCUAACGGCAUUUCGACGAGCGCCAACUGGCUUUUCAACUUUAUGGUCGUCAUGGUGACGCCGGUCAUGUUCAAUAACAUCGGUUAUCAGACGUACGUCGUUUUCGCUGUGCUCAACUUUGUCAUCUUGGUUGUCACUUUCUUCAUCUUUCCCGAGACUGCAGGUCGAUCGCUCGAGGAAAUGUCGGCUAUCUUUGCCGUAUCGAGCAAGAUCAACCCGUACGAUGUUGUUCGAAAAGAAAAGAUCACGCCGCGACGAUACGACAAACAGGGCCAUCUCAUCAACGACGACGUCGACAUUGUCGAAGACUACGACAAGGGCGAUCUCGAAAAGAACCUUGGCGACGGCAAGCGGGGUGGCGACACCAACGUUGUCACCGAGGAUGCCACUGCGACGCCAACUUCGGAUGGCAACAGCUCGAGAGAGCACUCGCCUCGUUCUUGA